GCCUUCCACCUCAAAAUUGGUAAGUCCCAGGCCUAAGGACCAAGCCCGGACGAAUAGCAGGCCGGGUUAAAUAAGCUGAGCAAAACCCACUGGCCACUGCUGAAUAGAAGAAAGACGGGAAUUAUGAGCAGGCGGGAAUUCUUGAAAUCGAGGAAUAUUAACGCGGGAAUCCAACCCUCUCUACAUAAACCCAUUUACACUCUCUAAUAAUCUCAAUCCAUCUAGUAUUUGGAGAGAGAUCAGAGAUACAAGGAGAUGGGUAAGAGAAAGAAGAGUAGGGUUUCUGAAGACGAGGAAGAACAGCAACACGAAGAUCCCGGCCACUCGUCGUCUGUGUCCAACGAUAAGAGCUUGUACGAGGUUCUUGGAGUGGAAAGGACAGCAACUCAGCAGGAGAUAAAAAGAGCAUAUCAUAAAUUGGCAUUGCGACUACAUCCUGAUAAGAACCCGGGUGAUGAGGGGGCCAAAGAUAAAUUUCAGCAUUUGCAGAAGGUGAUAUCAAUUCUUGGUGAUGAAGAAAAGCGGUCACUUUAUGAUCAGACUGGCUGCAUUGAUGAUGCUGAACUUGCAGGAGAUGCUGUUCGAGAUUUGAAAGAAUUUUUCCGAACUAUGUACAAAAAGGUGACUGAAGAGGAUAUUGAUGAGUUUGAAGCAGAAUAUAGGGGGUCAGACUCUGAGAAGAAGGAUUUAAUCGACCUAUACAAGAAAUACAAGGGUAACAUGAAGAGGCUUUUCUGCUCUAUGAUAUGUUCAGAUCCUAAACUGGAUUCACAUAGAUUCAAGGAUAUCCUGGAUGAAACCAUAGCUGCAGGGGAAAUAAAGUCAACUAAAGCGUAUCAGAAAUGGGCUGUCCAGGUUUCUGCUAUGAAACCACCCACAACACCUCCAAAACGCAAGGGAAAAUCAAAGAAAGAGUCGAGCGAUUUAUAUGCUAUCAUCGCUCAACGACAGAGCGAGAGGAAAGGCCGCUUAGAUUCCAUGUUUUCAUCUGUGAUUAGCAAAUAUGGCGGCGCCAGAAUAGCAGAACCGAGUGAAGAAGAAUUUGAAGCAGCCCAGGCUAAAGUUGAUAGUCGGAAGGCCUCCAAAAGUUCCAAGAAAAAAAAGAAGCUAAACUAAGCUUGUGUAAUGAUUUCAGAUUUCUUUGGAACAAGUUCAAUUUAAGUUGUAUUUGCAAGUGCUACUUUGAUUUGAUUAGUAAGUUACAAGAACAUGCUUUUGCUAUAUAUGGAAAUGCAGUUCUUUUAAUCCAA